CCUCCAGGCGCUAGGAGGCGCUAGAGGGGAAAAUACCGGCAAACGUUAGCUGUGUUAUUGAACCGCUGGCUUCCCUUUACGUACAGCGAGGAGGAGCACUGACCUGCAGCAAUGUCGCUGUAUGAUGACCUCGGUGUGGGUGCCAGUGACACCAAGACCGAAGGAUGGUCCAAGAACUUCAAGCUGCUGCAGUCUCAACUGAAGGUGAAGAAAGCAGCUCUGACACAGGCCAAGACCCAGCGGAUGAAGCAGACCACUGUCUUGGCGCCUGUCAUUGAUCUAAAGAGAGGAGGUUCCAGUGAUGAACGACAGAUCAUUGACACUCCUCCUCAUACUGCUGCUGGACUCAAGGAUGCAGUGCCCAGUGGUUUCUCCUCUGGUGAUGUGCUGAUCCCGUUGGCAGACGAAUACGACCCAAUGUUCCCCAAUGACUAUGAGAAGGUUGUGAAGCGACACAGAGAGGAACGACAGCGACAGAGGGAACAGGAGAGGCAGAAGGAGAUCGAGGAGAGGGAAAAGAAGAGGAAAGACAGACAUGAUGGUGGAGCUCCGAGUGGUUUCUCUCGCUUCCCGGCAGCAGAGGAAGACUCGGAUGAAGAGGAGGAGUAUGAGAAAGAGAGGAGGAAACGAAGUAUGGGUGGAGCAGCCAUCGCCCCUCCUUCAUCACUUGUGGACAGAGAUGGCUCUUCUUCAUAUUCUUACGAGGAUGAAGGUCGUCCUGCCAGAGGCUCCAAGGCUGCCAUCCCUCCACCCAUGUACGAGGACUCAGACCGGCCACGUUCACCACCUGGACCAACCAGCUCCUUCCUGGCCAACAUGGGAGGUACGGUGGCCCAUAAGAUUAUGCAGAAGUAUGGCUUCAAAGAAGGCCAAGGUCUGGGGAAACACGAGCAGGGUCUGAGCACAGCACUGUCUGUGGAGAAGACCAGCAAGAGAGGUGGAAAGAUCAUCAUCGGAGAUGCAGCAGAAAAACCAGGGUCCAGCCAGUCAGGUGCUGCUGAAACUUCGGGCUCUGCAGCGGAUUCUUCCAAGAAGAGCGAAACAAACCCGCUCACAGAGAUCCUCAAAAACCCCACUAAAGUGGUCCUGCUGAGGAACAUGGUGGGCCGAGGAGAAGUGGAUGAAGACCUGGAGGGAGAGACCAAAGAAGAGUGCGAGAAAUAUGGCAAAGUGGUUAAAUGUGUCAUUUUUGAGAUUGCCGAAGUGCUAGAUGAUGAAGCUGUCAGGAUAUUUCUGGAGUUUGAGAGAGUGGAGUCAGCCAUCAAAGCUGUGGUGGAUCUGAAUGGGCGUUAUUUUGGUGGGCGAGUCGUCAAGGCCUGCUUCUACAAUCUAGACAAGUUCCGGGUUUUGGACCUCGGUGAGCAGGUCUGAUGCCUCCCUGGGAAGCUAAACAAGUACCAACAGAGACUUUGAGCACACUUCAUCUCCCCACUUGUACAUAUACCUUUUUUUAAAUUUUCCCUGAACAGCAGUGUCUGUAUGUAGUGAGUCCAUCUUGUAGAUUGCUGUUUUGUUUUCUUUAAAUACUACCUUUAUGUCAAGACAAAAUAAAGGGUAUAAACUAUA